UUCCAAAACAUUCAAUAUAACUAUGUCAAUUAAAAAUUUAUUAUUAGUAUUUAUCGGUAGAGGUGAAAAUCGAACUCAAGACCAAUUUUAUUCUCAAGCUCGAGAACAUAUGCCGCCAGCCAACAAAAUAAUAGAUGUGUUUACUAUUGGAGAUAUCGUUUUGGCGAUUCUUCUUUUCGUGGCAAUCCAUUAUUGGAGGCUCAAUAGAAACACAUCCAUGACAAAGUGGCCUGUGCUUGGAAUGCUACCUGCUUACAUACAUAAUAUAUCCAACAUUCACAACUAUUUAACUUUAAUCUUGAAACAAAAUGGAGGAACAUUCAUUUUUGAAGGACCAUGGUUAACAAAUUUGGGCACUGUUUUCACCUGUGAUCCUAUGAACGUGCAACAUAUCACAAGCACAAAAUUUGCAAAUUAUGGAAAAGGGAACCAUUUCAGAGAGAUUUUUGAAAUUCUUGGAGAAGGAAUUUUCAGGUCUGAUUCCCACAUAUGGAAGUACAACAGAACACUACUUCAUUCAAUUUUCAAACAAGAAAGUUUUCGUGCAUUUAUUCAAAAAACAGUUGAGGAAAAAGUUUGUAAUGGUCUUUUUAUGUUUCUUGACAAUGCUUGUAAAGAAGGUAUUCAAGUGGAUUUACAAGAUGUUUUUCAAAGGUUAACUUUUGACAAUAUAUGUUCUAUAGUUUUAGGAUAUGAUCCUAGUUGUCUUUCUAUUGAUCUCCCUAUAAUUAAAUGUGAGAGAGCCUUUACACAAUCAGAAAACACAUUGUUCUAUAGACAUGUAAAGCCAAAGUUCUUGUGGAAGUUGCAAAAUUGGUUUCAAGUUGGUCAAGAGAAAGAAUUUGUAGAGAAUAAUAAAAUUCUUGAUGAAAUGUUGUAUUCACAAAUCAAAUCCAAAAGAGAUACACAAGGACAAAAAAAAUUUGACUUGCUAAAUACUAUUAUGAAUGUAGUAGGAGAUGAAAAAAACCCAAUUGAUGAUAAGUUUUUGAUAGAUGAUAAGUUUUUGAGAGACACAUCAAUUAAUCUACUUGCAGCUGGAAGAGACACUAUUAGUUCUUGUCUUAGUUGGUUUUUUUGGUUGGUGGCAACACACCCUUUGGUUGAAGCUAAGAUUCUUGAAGAGAUCAAAGAAAAUUUACCAUCAAGAGAACAUAAUUGGAAAGAUUUAGGGACAAAAGGACUUGGUAAGUUAAUUUAUCUACAUGGAGCUUUAUGUGAAGCCUUAAGGCUUUAUCCACCAAUUCCUUUUGAGCAUAAAUGUGCAUUGGAAUCUGAUGUGCUUCCUAGUGGGCAUAGGAUUAAGUCCAAUGCAACAGUAAUGUAUUCACUUUAUGCGAUCGGAAGGGUCGAGGAAAUUUGGGGAAAAGAUUGCUUGGAGUUUAAGCCAGAGAGAUGGAUUUCGCAGAAAGGAGGGAUAAUUCAUGUACCGUCUUACAAGUUCAUUGCUUUUAAUGCUGGACCAAGGAGUUGUUUGGGAAAGGAUAUAAGCUUCAUUGAAAUGAAAAUUGUUGCUGCAGCAAUAUUGUCAAAUUAUCACAUUCAAGUAGUGAAAGAUCAUCCCAUAAUCCCAAGUAUUUCUGUUGUCCUACACAUGAAACAUGGCUUGAAAGUUAAUGUCAAAAAAAGAAGCAUUUGAAAAUUUUUAUUUAACUUAUUUGAUUAUA